AUGAUUCUUGAUCAUUCGACAAGAGAGAGGAGUGCCAGUAUGGAAAAUGCUUAUUUGUUCCCCUCAUUUCAGUUCUGUGAUUAUGAUCCUGUGGUGGUGGGAUAUGCAAGAGAUGAAGCAGCGUCCAGGAGUAGGAUUAGUACUAUUACUAAAGAGGAUCCUUUCUUGGAAAUGGAUGAAAGCGGAUUCAUGGAUCUAUUUUCCUCACUAUUUGGUCAAGAAAAUACCCAGCAGGACGUGGAGAGAAAAGGUGAUGAUCAGUUGAUAAUGAUUGGAGGUGUGCCGCAAACUGUUUCCGCUUCAGGUUGCAGCAUGCUUAAGCAAAUUGAAACUGAGACAAAUCUGAUUGAAGCUAGGAAGCAUGAGGAUAUCCAGCCACCACCAGCGGUAUCAGAAUUCAGCAGACAUCUUAAGAACAACCCAGUUUCAGUAUUUCCACCUCCUGCGUCGUGGGAUCUCCUGAACAACUAUGGUAAGGGAUUUAGGAUGUCGAGAGACGAAAAUCUGAAUUGUCUGGAGAACGAGAGUGACGUAGGUGGACGAAGAUUGUCAAUGGAUGAAAUCUUGAGAGUUGGUGGAGAAAGGUUCAUCCAGUUCUCCACCAAAAGUGUUGAUGGCAUUUCCAUGUUUAUCCACCCUUACGCUUCUUCACUCUCGGGUCUUUCGAUGGAUGAUGCAAGAGAUGUGGAACUUGUAAACCUUCUGCUAGCUGCAGCAGAGAACGUCGCCACCCAAAGAUUUGAACUAGCAACUAAAUUUGUUGUUCGUUGCCUGUGGAUGGCCUCCGAUUCAGGCACUCCUGUUCAGCGCAUCGCCUUUUAUUUUGCUGAAGCUCUUCAAGAGAAGAUCAACAGAGAAUCUGGAAGGAUCAUCAAUGAGAAGAAAAAGCAACCAGGGAAACAACAGAAAUUAGGUCUUGCAUUGGGCACAAAUAACACAUUUCUGGCAUCCCACCAAGAGCUGCCUUUUAUCCAAGUGAUGCAAUUUGCUGGAAUGCAAACCAUUGUUGAACAUGUCAAAACAGCUGGGAAGAUCCACUUGAUUGAUCUCCAGAUAAGGAGUGGAAUCCAGUGGACAGCCUUGAUGCAAGGGCUUGCAGACUCCCCUAUACAGCAUCUUAAAAUAACUGCAGUUGGAACGGGUGACCAACGCUAUGUAGAGGAAACUGGCAACAGAUUGCUGUGUUUUGCUCAGUCCCUGAAUUUGCCGUUUUCAUUCAAGUCUGUUUAUCUGACUGACAUGAAAGCGUUUAAGGAAGAUCUCUUAAACAUUGAAGCUGAUGAAACAGUGGUAGUUUACUCCAACAUUAUUUUACGGUCCAUGAUAUCAAUGCCCGACUGCUUAGAAAAUCUAAUGAGAACAAUAACAAGACUCAAGCCAACUCUAAUGGUAGUCACUGAAGUAGAGGCAAAUCACAAUUCCCCUUCGUUUGUGGAUCGGUUCAUGGAAGCGUUCCUGUUUUACAGUGCCUUUUUUGACUGCUUAGAAGAUUGUAUGGACAGAAACAACAAACACAGAACAAUACUUGAAAGCACUUAUUUAGGCAAAGGGAUCUUGAACAUUGUUGCAGAUGACGGUCAGGAAAGGUUCACACGAAGCGUCAAGCUUGACGUGUGGAGGGCAUUUUUCAUGAGGUUCGGAAUGAUUGAGAUUGAACUGAGCGACUCGUCCAGGUAUCAAGCCAGUUUAACUCUGAAGCAGUUUGCACAGGGAAACUCCUGCACUCUUGAAUCGAAUGGUAAGGGCCUGACUGUUGGAUGGAAGGGAACACCACUCCAUUCUCUUACUGCUUGGAAGUUCUCCUAA